AUGGGGCUGGUAAAUAAGAUGAUCUUCCUUGUCUUGUUAGCCUUUCCCGGUUUCGUGAUACACAGAGGAUUAACUCAGGAUCUUAUUUCCAUUGCCGGACCCUGGGAGCUAGAAGGCAGUUUGCAUCUACAGAAGCGAGUCCUGCCUGAGGAAGCUCAGACCCCYGUCGGAGGUGAAGCCCACAGCGACCCCUGCCAACAGGAUCCUCUGCCUCCCGACCUACCCCGAUACCUGUCCCAGCUCCGCGAGGCUGGCRCGACGCACUACAAAGUCUUCCUGCCGUGGGGCUGCCUCCUGCCGAAGGGAGACUCCAGGCAGCCGGCCGAAGCUCAAGUGCGGCGCUACCGGGAGCUGCUGACGGCGCUGGCCGCAGCCGGCCUGCGCCCGCUGCUGGUGCUGCACCGGCGGCGGGUGCCGGGCACGGUGCUGGCGCGCGUGGCGCGCGGGCCGCCCGCCGCCUUUGCCGGCCUCUUUGCCGAGUACGCCGAGUUCAGCUUCCGCACCUUCGGCGGCCUGGCCGGCGCGUGGCUCUCCUUCAGCGACGUGCCGGAGGUGCUGGCCAGCCUGCCGUGGCGCAGGCGGCGGGAGCGCGCGCAGGCCCUGGCCGCCGCUCACCGGAGCGCUUACCGCAUCUACCGCCACGGGCACGCGCCGGCAGGUGGAAAAAUGUCCAUUGCUUUAGAUUUGGAUCAUACCUUGGAUGUCGCUUCAUUACAGUUGCUAUCAGUUUCUCUUCAGGAUUCAUUAGACUUCCUGUCUCUCAAUGUGCAUUACAAUUGUGGAAAUGAAAGUGAUUUCUACGUGAAGUUGGGUGAAUUCCAGAAUAUCUGGAAGGACACAGAGGUUUUGCUUUUUAGUGUGAAGUUCAUUAAUUGUGCUUCCAUAGAAGAGAAGGCACUCAUGCCAUUGCCUUUAAUUAUCAGAGCCAUUAAUAAAGAAAAACCACGUACAAUUGGGUAUGACAUUAAUGAAUUCUUGAGCUUCUCAUCGAAUCACGCCCCAAGCAUAACAAAUACUCCAAGGAAGAAGCUAGCUGCUGUUCUUGCCCCCCAGUCCUCCUAUCAAACCGUCUGGGAGAUGUUUGCUAACCAGCCUGAGUUGGAGAGGGAUUCUUUUCUGCAGGAUGUUUUCCCAACUGGUUUCCUCUGGGGCACAUCCACAGGUGCCUUUAACAUUGAAGGAGGUUGGGCAGAGGAUGACAAAGGAGAGACCAUUUGGGAUCACUUUGGGCAUGAAGGCCAAGUCUACAUGAAUCAAACAGCAGAUGUGGCGAGUGACAGCUACUAUAAAAGCAGCUAUGAUGUCUACCUGCUCAGGGGUCUUCGGCCCCAGCUGUAUAAAUUUUCUAUAUCCUGGUCCAGACUUUUCCCUUCUGGCAUCAGCGCUAGUCUCAACUCCAACAGCGUGUUUUAUUAUCACCGGUUAAUUAAKAGCUUGCUAGACUCUAACAUUGAGCCCAUGGUGACUCUGUUCCACUGGGAUCUCCCACAAGCUCUGCAGGUUCUUGGUGGCUGGCAGAAUGAAAGCAUCAUAGAUGCUUUUGUACGCUAUGCAGACUUAUGCUUUGCCACCUUUGGGAAUGAGGUCAAGUUCUGGAUUACUUUCCAUGAGCCUUGGGUUAUCAGCUACGCUGGCUAUGGCACCGGAGAGCAUCCUCCAGGAAUCACCGACCCAGGAGUAGCAUCUUACAAGGUGGCUCACACAAUUCUCAAGGCUCAUGCCAAGGUUUGGCACCUGUAUAAUGACAGAUACCGUUCUCUGCAGAAGGGAAAGGUAGGGCUGGUGCUGAAUUCAGACUGGGCUGAACCCAAGACUCCAACCAACCCUGAGGACGUGAUAGCAUCCGAGAGGUACCUGCAGUUCAUGCUUGGCUGGUUUGCUCAUCCUAUAUUUGUUAAUGGGGAUUACCCAGAUAUCCUGAAGGCUCAGAUCCAGCAAGUAAACCAGCAGUGCCCCACAGCAGUUGCCCAACUGCCUGUAUUUACUGAGGAGGAGAAGUCCUGGGUGAAGGGGACUGCAGAUUUCUUUGCUCUUUCACAUUACACGACGCGCCUGGUUAGUGCAGGGACUAACAACACCUGCGCUCCAGCCUACGAGAGCAUUGGGAACUUCUCACUGCACGUAGAUCCGUCGUGGCCACAGACUGCCUCCUCUUCCAUCCAUGUGGUCCCUUGGGGGUUAAGAAGGCUGCUGAAGUUCGUGUCCCAGGAAUACACGGGGACGAAGAUCCCGAUUUACAUAGCAGGCAAUGGCAUGCCGACAGCAGACGGAGGGGAUGCCAUUAAUGACACUCUGCGAGUGGACUAUUUACGUCUGUACAUCAAUGAGGCUCUAAAAGCGGUGAAGCUCGAUGCAGUUGAGGUUCAGUCAUACAUUGCUCGAUCAUUGAUUGAUGGCUUUGAAGGCCCAAUGGGGUACAGCCUAAAAUUUGGGCUACAUCAUGUCAAUUUUGAAGAUAGCAACAGACCAAGGACCCCCAAGGCAUCUGCUUCUUUCUACUCCAGUGUUAUUGAAAAUAAUGGUUUCCCAGCCAAAGUCUUGAACACAUUUUCUACUUCUGUGGUAUUUAACCCACCUGUGUCAUCAAAAUUGCCAAAUUUAACAGCAUCAGAAGUUCCCUCAAAGGCAAAGGUUGUUUGGGAGAAAUUUUCAUCACAAAGUAAGUUUGAAAGGGACAUGUACUUCUAUGGCACCUUCCCAGAGGGCUUCAUGUGGGGCACGUCGUCGUCAGCCUACCAGAUAGAAGGAGGCUGGGAUGCCGAUGGCAAAGGCCCCAGCAUUUGGGAUACUUUCACCCAUGUCCCAGGCAACAUAAAUAACAAUGAUAAUGGAGACGUAGCCUGUGAUAGCUACAACAAAGUGGAGGAAGAUCUUUACAUGCUGAGAGCCUUAGGGGUGAACAGCUACCGUUUCUCUUUGUCUUGGCCUCGGAUUUUCCCUACGGGAAGAAACAGUUCAAUAAACAGCCAUGGUGUUGACUACUACAACCGUCUCAUUAAUGGAUUGGUUGCAAGCAACAUCACUCCAGUGGUCACGCUGUAUCACUGGGACCUGCCACAAGCUCUGCAGGACAUCGGUGGCUGGGAGAACAGCUCUCUCAUCGAGCUGUUUGAUAGUUUUGCAGACUUCUGUUUCCAGACCUUUGGGGACAGGGUGAAGUUCUGGCUUACGUUCAACGAGCCCCACGUUGUCGCCUGGAUCGGCUAUGGCACGGGGCAGUUCCCACCCAAUGUCAACGACCCCGGUGAGGCUCCCUACAGGGUUGCACACACCCURCUGAAAGCUCACGCCAGGGUCUACCACACAUAUGACAGCAAAUACAGAGCGAGCCAGGGGGGAAUUGUCUCUCUGAGCCUCAAUGCUGAGUGGGCUGAGCCAAAGACGCCGAGCGACCGCAGGGAYGUGGAGGCUGCAGACCGGUACCUGCAGUUCAUGCUGGGGUGGUUUGCACACCCCAUCUUCAAAACGGGAGACUACCCUGACGUCAUGAAAUGGAAAGUAGGGAACAGGAGCGAGCUGCAGCACCUGCCGUCGUCCCGCUUGCCCGUUUUCACAGCUGAGGAGCGCGAGUACAUCAGGGGCACGGCUGAUGUUUUCUGUUUCAACACCUACACCGCCAAAAUUGUCACUCAUGCAACAACCCGUCUGACGCCGUUCUCUUAUGAGCAUGACCAGGAAAUAGCAGUGUCGGUUGACAGCUCGUGGCCUUCCUCGGCUGUUGCUGAACAUCGGGCUGUGGCCUGGGGAAUGAGGAGGCUGCUGAACUGGAUCAAAGAGGAAUAUGGAAAUCCCCCAAUCUACGUCACUGAGAACGGGGUAGGGAUAAAGACCAAGUCAGAUGUUGACGACACCAACAGGAUAUUUUACUACAAAACAUACAUCGAUGAAGCUCUGAAAGCUUGCAGGCUGGACGGUGUUAACCUGCGAGGAUAUGCCACUUGGUCUUUGCUGGAUAACUUUGAAUGGUUGAAUGGGUAUGAUCCGAGGUUUGGAUUGCACCAGGUUGAUUUUGAUAAUCCCAACAGACCAAGAACCCCAAAGCGCUCGGCCAUCUACUACUCAGACAUCAUCCGCGAUAACGGUAUCCCGGAGUCCUCCGAAAAUGGCUUUUUGUACGGGGAGUUUCCAAAGAACUUCUUUUGGAGUGUAGCAACUGCAGCAUAUCAGAUCGAGGGAGCGUGGAGAGCAGAUGGGAAAGGGCUUAGCAUUUGGGAUCAAUACGCUCAUACUCCCUUGAAAAUCAGCAACGAUGAGAACGGCGACGUAGCCUGUGACAGCUACCACAAGAUCGAGGAGGACGUGGCCAUGCUGAGGGAGCUCAGGGUGUCUCACUAUCGCUUUUCCAUCUCCUGGUCGCGCGUGCUGCCGGACGGGACGCUCAGCUACGUCAACGAAGCGGGACUGAGCUACUACGAGCGGCUUGUGGAUGCCCUGCUGGCCGCCAACAUCAAGCCACAGGUGACAAUUUAUCACUGGGACCUCCCGCAGGCCCUGCAGAACGUCGGGGGCUGGGAGAACGACACCAUAGUUGAGCGGUUUAAGGAAUACGCCGAGCUGCUUUUCCAGAGACUGGGAGACAGAGUGAAGUUUUGGAUAACCAUCAACGAGCCCUACAAUGUGGCAUACUAUGGGCACGGCACGGGCACGGCCGCCCCGGGUAUCUCCCUUCGGCCGGGGCGAGCCCCCUACAUCGUGGCGCACAACUUAAUAAAGGCCCACGCGGAAGCCUGGCACGUCUACAACGACAAGUACCGUGCGGAGCAGCAAGGAUUAAUCUCCAUCACCAUCAACUCGGACUGGGCCGAGCCGAGGAACCCCCACAAGCAGGAGGACCAUGAUGCUGCCAGGCGGUACCUGCAGUUCCUUGCAGGCUGGUUUGCUCAUCCUAUUUUCAAAAACGGCGAUUACAGUGAAGUGAUGAAAACGAGGAUUCGGGAGCGUAGUUUGGCUCAAGGCCUGAGCAAGUCGAGACUGCCAGAAUUUACAGAAAGCGAGAAGCAGAGAAUUAAAGGCACCCACGACUUCUUUGGGCUCAAUCAUUAUACCACCGUCUUGGUCUACAAUUUAAACUACCCUGCGGCUGUUGCGUCCUACGACUCUGAUAGGGGCGUCGCCUCCGUGUCCGACCGCAGCUGGCUGGGCUCGGGCUCUUUCUGGCUGCACGUGACACCCUCCGGCUUCGGAAAGCUCCUCAAGUGGAUUUGGGACGAGUACAAGUCUCCGAUUUAUGUGACCGAAAAUGGGAUUUCAGAAAGGGGAGACGUCGACCUCAACGAUACUUGGCGGAUCAAUUACUUUAAGAGUUACCUUAAUGAGGCACUGAAAGCCUACAUGAUCCAGGACGUGGACCUGCGCGGCUACGCAGCCUGGACGCUCAUGGACAACUUCGAGUGGGCUGUGGGCUUUGCCGAGAGGUUUGGGCUCUACCACGUGAACCGCACGGAUCCGGCGCUGCCGCGGCUGCCCAAGGCCUCGACCAAGUUCUACGCGCAGCUCGUGCGGUGCAACGGCUUCCCCGAGCCCGGCAGGCCCCACCCCUGCCUGGAGCCGGAGCCGCUGCCGCCAACGCAGGCCAGCCCGGGGCUGCACAGGGCCGUCCGCUUCCUGGGGCUGGAGCUGGCGCCGCCCAACGCUGAAGCGGCCCUCUACGUGCUCCUGGCCCUCGCGGCCCUCGCGGCCCUGGGGCUCCUUCUCUUCUCCUUUCUCUAUAGAAAGCUCUUCAAAAGAUCCCGGGAAGGUAACACAUGAAAACCACUAAAAUGUAAGUUUUGUUUUGCUUGUUAGAAGGUGGGGAACAGAGGUGCUCU